AUUCAACGAAAAAUAAUUCAAAAAAUUCAUUUAAAACAGUGAUCGUAUUCUCAUCAAAUUUGUUUAAAUCAAUAAAUGGUCAUAUUGAAAUUAAUACAACACGACCAAGAUCAUGAUGCACAGAUUAUAUUUGUAUGGAAAUUACAAAAACUCACUAAUAUCUUAGAAUAUACUGAUAUUUUAAAUAAACUACAUGAAUUCAACAAUUACAAAUAUCAAGAUUAUAUUAUUGAAUGGAAUUAUAAUUACAAUAGGCAUCGAAUUCAAAAUACACAAGAUUUAAAAAAUGCACUCAAACAAUUAUAUCGUAACUAUAUAAAAAAUCGAUGUAUACAAUUUCAUAUAACUCCUUUAUGUCAUUAUCAUGAAUAUGGACCACCGCCACCGUAUGAAAUUCCUUCUUCAUUAUAAAUAAUUUCUUCUAAAUUUUUUACCUAAAUUUUUUAUUUGAAUUCUUGUAAAUAGACUAACUAUCAAGUGAAAUCAUGUCAAUUUAAAAAUUGCAUUGAAUAUUAUAUUGAACAUUGAAAUUAUUGAAUCAAUUGUCAAUGAUUACCUUGAACAAAUGAAUUGAUAUUAUUAUGAUUAUUAUCAGUACAAUGUAAACGGCACUUGUAAAACACAUUUCAUUGUUUUAUCAUUCAAAAUGUUUAUUAGUGCUAGUAUA